UUAGCACCGCUUGGAGCUCAGAGAAGCGUCUUCUCUCAUGGCGAUGCCAGCGCGAGGGUCUCAAGCUCUACAUGCUCGCCGGAUGUCCUUCUUGAAUGCCUCUAGUGUACACUUGGAGCUCAUUCUUUGGCUGUGCUCUCGUCACCCUCCUCCAUAUAAACCUCUCUUCUCCAAUUCCUCUCAUUACUCCCAAAUCUGAGAGCAAGAGUCCUGAGUCAUGAGGAACAGUUCCCGGCGUUCUACUGGCCAUGUGCCUCAUAUCUGGCGCCGAGAGAUCGGCAUGUCUUCCCCCUUGCUCUUUGAGAGGGGCUUCACCUCCUCUGAGGCCUUGAUUAGGCGUCUUGAUUGCUACCAGACUUUAGAAGGUCAUGACAGUAGGAUAUAUACUAUUCGAUUUAACCCAACAGGAAGCCUUCUUAUAUCUGGUGCUGGAGACGCAAAUGUCAAGAUCUGGAAUUGGCUGGAUGGUAAACAAAAGUUUGCAUAUCCUCAUGGUCAUCAGGACAGUGUUAUGGAUGCCCAAUUUCUACCAUUUACUAAUGAUCGCAUGAUACUUACGUCCUCCUUCGAUGGCCUGGUGAAGCUUCAUGAAAUUGCAGAUGAUAGCUUGGUAACAACCACAGUGCUCGGAAGGCACGUAGGUAGUGUCCCCCAACUUGCCAUUGAGCCUGGUAGCUCUCGCAUAUUUUACAGCUGCGGUGAAGAUGGCUUUGUGAAGCGGUUUGAUCUGAGGACUCCAUCUCCUAUGAACCUUUUCUCUUGCAUCUCAUUCUCCGGCUCUGGCCUGCCAGUACAACUCAAAUGUGUAGUGUUAGAUCCUAUGGACCGUAACUGUUUUGCAAUCGGAGGAUUUGAUCAAUUCGUUCGGCUUUUUGACAUUAGAAUGUAUCAGUGGGAUGCUUCUACUUGCAUUAAUCGACCUGUGACUACUUACUGCCCGCGUCAUCUAUUGGACUCCCUUGAUAACCACAUAACAGGGUUGGCAUACUCAAACAAAAGUGAGUUACUCGUCUCCUAUGACUGUGAACAAAUUUACCUCUUCGACAAAGGCAUGGAUAUCGGCCCAGACCCGAUGACCGUCUCAGAAGAGCAUCUGCUGAACCUUGUUCAGCCACGGGGUUACGGCGGGCACAGAAACACAUUGCCAGUCAAGCCCGUUUGCUUCUUGGGUCAGCGCGAAGAAUACAUUGUAUCUGGAUCAGAGUGUUCGAACAUUUUCGUAUGGAGGAAGAAGGAUAGCAAGCUGCUGCGCAAGAUGGUUGCCGGCCCCAGCAGUGUGCAGGUUGUCGCGACAUAUCCUAAUACUCUUUUCUUUGCUUCUGGUGGUCAUGACAGAAAAGUGAGGGUUUGGGCUCCAAUCGGCGAAGAACCAGAGCGAGAUCCUGAGCCGGAAGUGAGCUUUGCAGAGAAAUGUGGAAAGCUCAUGCAUGACGUGCAUUAUUUCCUGACAUCGACAUGCAGACGCGUCUUCUUCGACGAGUACUGAAGUGAACCAAUUAUGCUAUUGACAAAUAAAACAUCGCCUUCUAAUAAUGUUUGCUAUUGAACAUUGUUCUUUUUUGAAUUCCAGCAAUAAAGAGUGUUGUGCUUCUGCUUUAA